AUGUGCACCAGAGACCGGAAGUUGAUGACGUGGAGAAAUUGGACCAAUGGGAAUCGAGAUAGUGAUGCUGGGGACUGCCGACUUCAAGACGGAUCUGAGGUUCCAGAGCUCGGCCGUGGCGGCGCUUACCUCGUCGGACUGUUGGAGGACACCAACCUGUGCGCCAUCCACACCAAGAGGGUGACGAUCAUGCCCAAGGACAUCCAGCUGGCUCGCAGGAUCAGGGGCGAGAGGGCUUAA